UGUCAAGUGAGAAAUCAGAAAAUAAAAAUUGUUUUGUAAAUUGUAAUUUGUUUGGGGAUUUCUGAGAGUUUCUUUAUAUUUUUCUCAAAUUAAUUGCUAUGAGUUGAAAACGCAGUCAUACUUUAUCUUCCCGAUAAUUAAAGAGAACAAAAGCAAAUUACAGUGAUGUUAAGUACUUUAAUUACAGUGUGAAUACGUUGUCCAUUUAUGCUAGUCAUUGCUUUUACUUUCAAUAAAAAAUAGUGACAAAGACCAAAGGGUAUUCAGAACAUCGCAAUUCAGAUUAUAUUUUUAAAAUGAUGGGCUUUUUUGGAAUUCAGGGAUCACCGUUUGACGAGGAUGUUGAUCGUGUCACAAGUGAGAACAAUACAAGUGAAGAAUGGGGUUUGAUUCUUGAGAUAUGUGAUCGUGCCGGUAGCAGCUCGGCCAGUGCGCGUGAUUGCCUCCGAUCCAUCAUCAGAAGACUGGGCCAUCCGGAUCCACAUGUCCAGGCGCACUGCAUCACCCUACUCGAUGCCUGUGUCUCAAACUGCGGCCGGGUGUUCCACCUUGAAGUUGCGUCACGAGAUUUUGAGGUGGAGUUUAGGCGGAUGCUCUCGAGGAGUCAUGCGCAGAUUGUGCAGAAGCUAAGAGCACUGCUGCGGAAAUGGGCGGAGGGCGAAUUUAAGAAUGAUCCACAGUUAGAUCUGAUACCGUCGCUGCAUGCUAAGUUGUGUGCUGAAGCCGGCGAGAAGACUACAGCUGUUCCAGCCGUUGACCCACAGCUAGCUGCUAAAGAGGCAGCCGCUCAGCGUGAACAAGAGGAACUGGCUCGAGCCAUAGCGCUCUCCCUUAAGGAAUCCAACGCCACUGCGGCGCCCUCUAGCGGUUCAAGCGCGCUGUAUCCGCGUAUGGACACGUCUGCGGCCGAUCCCCCCGCACAGCCCACUAAGAAAGUACGCGCUCUGUACGACUUCGAGGCGGCCGAGGAUAAUGAACUCACCUUCAUGGCAGGCGAAAUAGUACACGUUACGGACUCAAGCGAUCCCAACUGGUGGAAAGGCUACAACGAGCGCGGGGAGGGAUUGUUCCCGGCCAAUUUCGUCACCUGUGAUCUCACUCAAGCUCCGCCUGAAUCUGAGCCACAAGCCGCGGCGGGAUCUGGCGGCAAAUCUGUGCAAUUCGCGGCCGAAACUCCGGUGCAUAUCGACGAGUCAACUAUGGACGAGGCGCUCGGCAUGUUGCACGACGCAGACCCCACGGGCGAGACGGCAGAUCACCCGCGCCUGCCUGAGCUCGAAGGCCGCGUUUACGCCAUGGGCCCGCUCGUUGACGCGGCGCUCGAGCGGGCAGACUUACGCCACGCUCGCCUGACGCAGCUCAGCGCGGACCUGGUCGACGCUCUGAACCUCUACCACGAGCUGAUGCGGGACCCCAAACCGAUGUUCCCUCCCGCGCCCGUCUACAUGCAACCCAUGCCCAUGCAGGUGCCCCAGGGCAUGCCGCAAGUGAUGCCGCCGCACGGACCCAUGGGACCCAGUCAGCCCAACCAGCCAAGGUGUUGAAAGUUACAUAAACGUAAUGUAAAUAAUAGAUACGAUGUCCAAAAAGUUAGAUUAUUAAUGUUAUUCCAUUUAUUUUUAGCAGAUAUAAAUUGUAUUAUAUAAUAUAUACGCAUUUUAAUAAAUAUUAUUUCAUUUUCCA